UCCCCCUAGCCCCGAUCUCCCGUCAGGCCCCGGUCUGCCCUCAGGUCCCGGGGCUCCCCUCAGGCCCCGGUUCCCCCUGUAGCCCCGCAUCUCCUCUCAGGCCCCACAUCCCCCCUAGCCCCGCAUCUCCCCUCUGCCCCGAGGCCUGCAGUAUGUCAGAGCAGGGCACCUCCACCACCACCUGGGUCACGAAGUGUUAAGUGGCCGCUGUCAGGGUAGACCCCCAGCCGCUGUUGGGUCUCUGGGGGCACUCGGCACCGAUACAGCCCUGCCCUGGGGCAGGGGGAGCACGGAGGACGCGGGAAGAAGUGCAGAGACCAUGAAGAUUAACCAGAACACUGUGCUGCAAGGACAGAGGGUGACCCUGGUGCCAUACACUUCUGCACAUGUGCCCCGGUACCACGAGUGGAUGCAGUCAGAGGAGCUGCAGCGCCUGACCGCCUCUGAACCACUCAGCCUGGAGCAGGAGUAUGAGAUGCAGCGCAGCUGGCGGGACGACACAGACAAGUGCACUUUCAUUGUGCUGGACACGGAGCGGUGGUCCGGGCAGGCGCAUGCGGAUGAGGACUGCAUGGUGGGGGACGUGAAUCUCUUCCUCACUGACACUGAGGAUCCAACGUUGGGCGAGAUUGAAAUUAUGAUUGCAGAGCCCAGCUACCGCGGCAGAGGGUUUGGCAAGGAGGCAACUCUGAUGAUGAUGUCCUAUGGAGUGAGAAACCUGGGGAUCACCAAAUUUGAAGCUAAGAUUGGUCAGGAAAAUGAAACCAGUAUUUGCAUGUUCAAAAAGCUUCAUUUUAAGGAGGUUGCUGUGAACAGCAUUUUCCAAGAGGUGACGCUGAGGCUGGAUGUCACUGACCAGGAGAGACGGUGGCUCCUGGAACAGACAAAUCACGUGGAGGAGAAGAGCUACGUUGAACUGAAGCUGCCAGCUGGGGUGCUGGAGACCUGACAGACACAUCCAGGCACAGGCCUGGUUUCCAGGGAGGAGUUGGACGCUGCUGUGAGGUCUGGGCGUGGAGGACACCAGUGAGCCAGCGCUGCACUUGACUUUUUUCAUCUGUCUCCUUCAGUUACUUUGUCAUCUUCUCAUCUUUGCACCUUGUUGCACCAGCCAGGAAUACUGCCUGAAAUUUGGACCUGGAGAACAGCCGCUAAUUCACAGGCUUGACCAGGAUUGACUAUAACCUUAACGUGCUGUUCCUGCAGAGCCUAAAAUCACCAGCAGUUGAUUCCUGGUGCCACCAGUUUCUGGACAAGCAGCACCCACUGUUUCCUCCUUCACUGCCCUUAGAGCAGGAUUCAUCAGUUCGACAGAGGCAGUCUCAGUACGCUAGUAGCUCAGUCUGUUCUCUCUUGAAUAAAAAAACCUGACAAAAAUCUGAGGUUUCCUCAGAGCCCUCUGGGAGCAGUGGGGCUCGGCUGCUGGCUUUGGCUGCUGAAAGGGUGGUUAGAAGUUGUAAAGGACAGCAGAGACUCUUUGAAACACAUUUUCUGGGGUGCGUGGGGGUCACUGCUCUGUCCUGGAAGUGAGAGGCCCGGGUGUGGGUCAGCACAACCAAAGGGCAAAUUAACCAGAUGAAAAUUAUUGAUACCGGCCGAUCAAGACUAGAGCAGAGCCUUGUCACAAUUGCUGCGUAACGGAGGAGGCUGCUGAGACAAAACCCCUUGCUGAGUUUCAGGGCAUGCUUUGGCACACUGCUGCAUGUUAAUGCACGGACCUGGAAACCUCAGGCCAUCAGUGAAGAGAGAUUGCACUUCAUUUUUCCAGGCUGCUUUUGUGAAAGUGAGGAGAGGGAGACUACCACUGAAAGGAGACAGGGGAGUGAUCCCCUGCUUCGAGGAGCUCAGGACUUGCUCUGCUGAGCCUAAAUGCUCCAUUUGCUGCUUCCCAGUAAGAUAAAUGGCGGGGGGGGGAAAUAUCUCUUACUGGAGGCAGAUAUAUUUAGGGCAGCAGCCAGCCAGCCAGCCUCUGCUGUGAUAUAUAUGAGAGCUAUAGCUGAAGGAGAGGCACUUGCCUGACUCCCACUGGACAGGCUUUUUAAUGCAGUUAUUUAGUCUGACCUUUCCUGCCCCACACAGCAUGCUCUCCACAGCAGGGAAGCUUGCUAAGAGGAGAGGACAGAAGGUAAGGAGGAUAACUGGCGCUCCUGUGUGUUUUCCCACUGUAAUACCAGCCGUAACGGCUAAUUCUAGACCAGAAAUUAUUUGUUCCAGUGACACAGUAUCAGGUAAUAGCUUUCAGAUUUGCCCAGGGAUGUUUUUAUCAGAGAUUGGUAGACUGUGGAAUUUUUGUGUCUGUAUUUUUAGGGCCUGGGGGUUUUAGCUUUCCAAUUUUAGUUAAUUUAAAUACAUCAUUCCUGUGACUAAUAUUAAAACCAAGUGUGGGAACAGU